AGAAGGGUCGCGCCUUCUGAUUGGUCGCCGCACCAUGGCCGGCCUGGAGGAGAACCGACGAAUAAUGGACGCAAACAUCCCUCACGCCAUCACCCAGACGACUAUCGCCGCGGCCGCGGUCACGGUCCCGGGCUGCCCGCCGCUCACUCCCGCAGGCGCUGUGGCCCGACGUAUAAAGCCGUUGGUGUUGCUUCCCACGCAUGAGCCCGGCCAAUCAGCGUGCGCGGUGCGGCGGUUGCUAGGCAGAUUAUGCUAAUGGUGCGCCGCCAUCGCCGCUGCAGCUACCAUUCUGAGCCAUGUUGCCCAGAGACUCUACACUGUGCUUGAGCUUAGACACAGUGGACAGAUGAGACCUUCACACUAAGCUCCCGUACCAGAGAGCGAUUGUUAGCUCGGAGCCUUAAAGAGGAUGGACUCCAAGCAGGAAGGUCCACAUGUGUGGCCCCCUGCUGGUGAUCAGCAGCCCAGCACAGCCCAGGUGCAUUUUGUUCCAGAUGGGGGCACUGUGGCACAGAUUGUGUAUAGCGAUGACCAGGAUCGCCCCUCACAGCAGGUGGUGUACACGGCGGAUGCCUCUUCAUUCACGUCGGUGGAUGCUUCCGAACACACCCUGGUGUACAUCCACCCUGUGGAUGGGUCACAGGUAUGGGCACGCCAAGAGUUUCAGCAGACUCUCUUCACAGACCAGCCCCAAGUUGCCUAUGUUCAGCAAGAUGCCACCACCCAGCAGGUAACCGUAUUGCUGCCUGCAGCCCAGAGCAUGAACGCUGCUAAUUUGGCUGUGCUCAGCAGCGUCCCCGAUUCAGCCCAGGCCAUGUCAUUGGAGCCAGUGUCGCAGGCUUCAUUAUCUGCGCAUGAAAGGGGAUUACCUCCUGUGGAGGGUGUGGAGAAUGAGACUGACAUGGCAACUCUGCAGGGCCCAAAUGCUCAUUCACAAUCUAAGGAAGACGAUGAGGAUGAUGAUGACGAGGAUGAAGAUGAUGACGAGGAUGAUGAUGACGAGGAUGAAGAAGAUGGCGAGGAUUCGGAUGGAGAUGAAUGGGAACCAGAUCCGCCACGGCCCUUUGAUCCUAAUGACCUAUGGUGUGAGGAAUGCAAUAAUGCUCACCCCUCUGUGUGUCCUAAACAUGGAGCUCUCCAUCCAAUUCCAAACCGUCCUGUUCUAACCCGAGCACGAGCCAGCUUGCCCUUAGUCUUGUAUAUCGACCGGUUCCUCGGAGGGGUCUAUUCCAAGCGCCGUAUUCCCAAACGCACCCAGUUCGGGCCUUUGGAAGGACCUCUAGUUAAAAAGUCAGAGCUGAAGGAUUGUUACAUUCACCUGCAGGUGUUGUUGAAUAAUACCCUAGAAUCCCAGGACACCUUCCAGGAAGACCUCUGGUUUGACCUAUCCGAGGAGAGUCUCUGUAACUGGAUGAUGUUUGUACGGCCAGCCCAGAAUCACUUGGAGCAGAACUUGGUGGCCUAUCAGUAUGGCCAACACAUAUACUACACCACCAUUAAGAAUAUUGAACCCAAGCAGGAGCUCCGGGUUUGGUAUGCUGCCUCCUAUGCGGAAUUUGUCAAUCAGAAGAUCCACGAUAUUUCACAGGAGGAAAGGAAGGUUCUGAGGGAGCAGGAGAAGAACUGGCCGUGUUAUGAGUGUAACCGGCGCUUCAUGAGCUCUGAACAGCUACAGCAGCACUUAAAUUCCCAUGAUGAGAAGCUGGACUUUUUCAGCAGAUCAAAGGGGCGCGGCCGCGGUAGAACGAGGAGGAAAUUUGGAUCUGGAAGGCGACCAGGGAGGCCUCCGAAAUUUAUGCGGUUGGAUAUCGGUGGCAAUAACCGGGAUAAGUGUGGUCUUGGAAGUCAGGACCUUCUUCAAUUCCAAAGUAAACGGCCACUGUUUGAAGAGAGCGGUCAUUCUGCAAUUAAUGGCAUUGAUCAGUCUGAACUAUCUCUGGAAGCAGCGACAGAAGGUACAGUGGAUCAACAGCCAGAGAGCCAGCUUCUGCAGGCUAUCCCCCCUGUACAGCCCCCAACGACUGUGUCUCAAAGCAUACUGACAGCUGAAGACAUGCGACGAGCCAAACGCAUACGGAAUGCUGCUCUACAGCACCUCUUCAUCCGCAAGACGUUCCGGCCGUUCAAAUGCCUGCAGUGUGGGAAGGCCUUCCGGGAGAAAGACAAGCUCGACCAGCACUUGCGAUUCCAUGGUCGAGACAGCAAUUGUCCCCUGACCUGUGACAUCUGCAACAAGGGCUUUAUCAGUACAAGCUCUCUGGAGAACCACAUGAAAUUCCACCUGGACCAGAAGACUUACUCGUGUAUCUUCUGCCCAGAAUCUUUUGACCGCCUGGAUCUACUGAAGGACCAUGUUUCCGUGCACGUUGUUGAUGGCUGCUUCAGUUGCCCAACCUGUAAAAAACGUUUCUCUGAUUUCAUUCAGGUGAAGAAACACGUGCGGAGCUUCCACUCGGAGAAGAUUUAUCAGUGCACGGAAUGUGAUAAGGCGUUCUGCCGGCCAGACAAGCUACGCCUGCAUAUGCUCAGGCACUCAGACCGCAAGGACUUUCUCUGUUCCACAUGCGGCAAACAGUUCAAAAGAAAAGACAAGCUCAGAGAACACAUGCAGCGCAUGCACAAUCCAGAGCGAGAGGCCAAAAAGGCGGAUCGUACGGGGCGCACCAAGGCCUUCAAACCGCGCCUGGCUUCCACAGAUUAUGAAAGCUUCAUGUUUAAGUGUCGUGUGUGCAUGAUGGGUUUCCGGCGGAGAGGCAUGCUGGUCAAUCACUUGUCAAAGAGACACCCAGAAAUGAAGAUCGAAGAAGUUCCGGAACUAACAUUGCCCAUAAUCAAACCCAACCGGGACUAUUACUGCCAGUACUGUGAGAAGGUUUACAAAAGUGCCAGUAAGCGGAAAGCGCACAUCCUGAAGAACCACCCGGGUGCAGAGCUGCCUCCGAGCAUCCGGAAACUCCGUCCUGCUGGGCCAGGAGAGCCAGACCCCAUGCUAAGUACUCAUACCCAGCUAACUGGAACAAUAGCAACCCCACCAGUCUGCUGUCCGCACUGCGCCAAACAGUACAGUAGUAAGACAAAGAUGGUUCAGCAUAUACGUAAGAAACACCCAGAGUUCGCACUGCUGCCUAUCACCGCACAGACCGCUAUGAUCAGCACAGCGCCCACGGUGCUUACGGCUGACGGCACAAGCGGAGAGACUGUGGUGACCACAGAUCUUCUGACGCAGGCAAUGACGGAGUUGUCACAGACACUGACCACAGAAUACCGCACAGCACAGGGCGACUACCAGCGGAUCCAGUACAUCCCAGUGACGCAAGCUACAGCCGGCAUGCAGCAGCCGCAACACAUACAGCUCCAGGUGGUGCAAGUAGCCCAGGCUCCAUCUCCUCACCAGUCCCAGCACUCCACAGUGGACAUGGGGCAGCUGCAAGACUCCCAAGGAUACACCCAGCAUGCAAUCCAAGUUCAGCACAUCCAAGUGGCUGAGUCUACCACCAACACACAGACCACCUCUCAGGUCGGAGGGCAGUCUCUCAGUCCCUCAUCACAGGAAGCAGAUCAGGAUAUCAGCCCAUCACAGAUGCAGACACCAACCUCUCAUACGCAAACCAACUCCACAGUGCAGCACGCAUACCUGCCCAGCGGCUGGAACUCUUUCCGGGGUUACCCCUCUGAGAUCCAGAUGAUGUUACCUCAAGGGCAGUAUGUUAUUGCAGAAGCAGCUGUGGGUACUCCUGUUACCCCAGUCAAUGGUGGUCGAGUGAAAGCGGUAACUCAGACGCACUACGUCAUAUCGGAGGGGCAGAGUGAUUUGGAGAUGAAGAAGACCUCUACAUUAACAGAGGAGGAAUCCACAAACCCAGAACACAUGGAGCAGACCGCGGCCAAUCCAUCUCAGACUCAGUACAUAAUCACCACCACCACCAACAUGAAUGGGAGCAGUGAGGUGCAUAUCAGCAAACCCUGACACCAGGACGAUGACGGACCCCAUAUGGAAAUGUCCUGCUGACGUGUCUAUAGCUUCUCCAGAAACAGGGCUUUGUGUGUUUUGCCCUGGCAGACUUACGUGACGUGACCACAGAACUCCAGAACUUGCCACGUAUAAUCUUAUGCUGCUUUGAAGUCUUAUUUAUUAACAUUUGCAGCUCUGAUUAGCCCUAGGCCUGGAUGUACAUCACUUUAAAAGCCACCUUGGCAUGGGGUGGUAAAUCAUGUUUCAGGGGUUGCCCAGGGGGUAAUGCUGAUCUUGGUUGUGGAGCAUGGCUGCACCUUGCCUUCGUUCGUCAUUCCAUGUAUGUAAAGGUCUUCUCAACUGCAUCAAGAAUCUGACGGAUUGUUGCCAACCUAUUAUAACUGCAAUAGAGACGGCAAGUUUUCAUGCGUCAACGGAAAAGCAAGUCCACGUAACAGCAUGCCCGUGGGUGUGUUCGUGGAUAUGGGAGCCACUUGUACUGAACUAUGUGGGAACUGGGGGAAAAUGUUUCACGUACUGGUUCCUUAGUGACGUGACCUGAACCUCCAACUGUAAACAGAUUGUUCUAUGGAUCUUCCUUGGGAUAUACUGGAAUUGAAAAUGUCAUUUGUUUGGAAACAGGAUUUUUUUUUUUUUAAUGCAGAUUUUAUUCUUCUGCAUCUUUUCUUUUAGAUACCCACACAAUACUAAGAGCUCCAUUUUAACAACUGUGCAACAGGAGAGUCCGUAAUGUACUUACCCAAAUAUAAUGUCAGACAGAUCUGACUUCGGAUCACUUACAUAAUUGCUAUUUAUCCACUUACUCCUGUUACUAUGCAGAAACGGACGGUCGGUGUUUGUAGGUUUUUAUGAAAGGCGCGAGGGAUCAGUAGUGCUAGGUGCGCCGCUGUUUUAUCAGCAGUGGUGCUGGAUUGUCUACGUUGCCCGUUCGUUUCUGCAUGGCAAUCAGUGUUGCCAACGCUGUGCUGAGUUAUCGCCAUGUUUGGCGCUUAAACAGUGUUUUUAUAGCCCCCAAACUAGUGUGAGCUCUGACCCAAAGGUGCGAGAUACUGUGAAGACUGACCUCACUGCUUGUCUUUCCUUACAGGACUACAGGGAAAUAUUGUCCAGCUACAAACAAAAUACAAAAAUAAAUACACCCUAUGGAGCUCGGCAGAAUUCCUUUCUUCGCUUUUUUUUUUUUUUUUUUAAUUUUCCCAUUGAAAUCUGAAAAUCUGUUGUGUUCAACUGGGCCAUAGGACCCAUCUAUAGUUUAUAAACAGGAAUGUAUUUUAGCAGAGGACUUGGAAAUAAUUCUGAGAAUAUAUUAGUACGUAUUGCGUGUGUUCAAGUAUGUUUAUAUAUAUUUAUUUUUUAUCUGGGCCCCAUCCUGCUGCAUUAAACGAGAAUUCACUUCCUGCCUAAAGGCUCUCACUUGACGCCCGUUGUUUGGGUGUUGAAGCCAAUGUUGUUAUAUGUGAGGAAAAAACUGCCAUGCAUCUAUAUUGUUAUGGGAUCCCCCCCCCACACCCCCCUUCCCCCCCCUUGCUUCAUUCAGGUAUAAUCAACGUAAACGUAGCCAUGUUCAGUCUAGGCUGAAUUAAAAGGCGCUACCCACCUGGCGAUAUUGAUGGGCGACAUGAACGAUAUCGGUAAAAAAUGUACGAUAAAUCGUUCGUAUUGUUCAGUGUGGAUGCAUGAACGAUGCGCGUCCCCGCAGUCGUUCACGUUUAUUCAUGCAAGCCAAUUUGGACAAUAUCAAUGUAAUGUUUUAUAUUGUCCAAAUCGGUCAUAAAAAUCAUUCAGUGUGUAUGUAAAAAAUUGUUGAUGAAAAAUUGGCCAAUGAUAAAAUCGUUGGUCGUUAAAAUCUGCCAAAUCGUCAAGUGUGUAGGGACCUAAAGUCUCACAAGCAUAUUCCAGUCUCCGCUACCCUGCCGAGACAUAACCAUGUUCUGUUACUCUCUUUAUACUUACAGCAGUGCCCAGUUACAUCAUGCGACAUCACCCUGUAUAAGGAUAAUUAAAAUGUGGCCAUUGCAUCAACCGGUUUCUUGGUGGGUGGCUGGACAAAUGUUAUUUUCUUGUUGGUAGUAGUAAUCGGUCCUUACCAUUAACCUGCUUGUAUCACUUGACCAGUACGUACAUUGUAUCAGUCAGGGAUAUGCUGUAUAUGGCCAUUUUCUAUAGAUCAUGGAUUGGGUCAGCUCAGCUCUUCCAGAGAUCGUGAUUGAGCGAGUUUAAGGCCAAAAUGUAAAAGGGCAAUGAUUUUAUAAGGAAAACAUCCCACAGUUUACAAUUAAAGUAUUUGCCUCCUAUUUUAUAAAGGAAGGCUCAAAGUA